ACCAUUAUUACUACUCCUCUUCACCCACUCCACGCCAUCUCUCUCGCGCUCUCUCCGGAGCCAAGGCGAGGAGGCGGCGGCGGCGGCGGCGGCGGCGGUGCGAGACGAGAUCGUCGAGUCCGGCACCCCACCCCCGUCCUUCGCUUCACACGAAAAGGAAGGGAGGAAGAUGAGCUCCGAGUCUGAGGCGGCGCCCGGGACCGGGAAGCUGGUGUGCGUCACCGGCGCGUCGGGGUACAUCGCGUCGUGGCUCGUCAGGCUGCUCCUCGCCCGCGGCUACACGGUCCGCGCCACCAUCCGGGACACCUCUGACCCAAAGAAAACACUACACCUGCGUGCCCUGGAUGGAGCCAACGAAAGACUCCAUUUGUUCGAAGCAAAUCUGCUGGAAGAGGGCUCUUUCGAUGCUGCGGUCAAUGGUUGUGAUUGUGUUUUCCAUACGGCUUCUCCCUUUUACCACAAUGUUAAAGAUCCUAAGGCUGAGUUACUUGACCCUGCAGUCAAAGGAACCCUUAAUGUUCUAGGCUCCUGCAAGAAAGCUUCCAUUAGAAGAGUUAUCGUGACAUCAUCCAUGGCUGCUGUUGCCUACAAUGGGAAACCAAGAACUCCUGAUGUAGUUGUUGAUGAGACAUGGUUUUCAGUUCCAGAGAUUUGUGAAAAGCAUCAGCAAUGGUAUGUUCUGUCCAAGACCCUAGCAGAGGAGGCUGCUUGGAAGUUUUCAAAAGAUAAUGGAUUUGAAAUAGUUACGGUGAACCCAGCAAUGGUCAUUGGUCCCCUGCUGCAGCCUUCACUGAAUACUAGUGCUGAAGCAAUUCUGAAGCUAAUCAAUGGAUCAUCCUCGACAUAUCCUAAUUUCAGCUUUGGCUGGAUAAACGUUAAGGAUGUUGCCCUGGCACAUAUCCUUGCAUAUGAAGUUCCUUCAGCAAAUGGAAGAUAUUGCAUGGUUGAAAGAGUUGCGCACUACUCAGAGCUCGUCCAAAUCAUUCGUGAGAUGUAUCCCAAUAUUCCUCUGCCAGACAAGUGUGCAGAUGACAAGCCAUCAGUGCCAAUCUACCAGGUAUCAAAGGAAAAGAUAAAAAGCUUGGGCCUGGAACUGACUCCCCUGCACACGAGCAUCAAGGAGACCAUCGAGAGCUUGAAAGAGAAAGGAUUUGUUACUUUUGAUUCAAGCAACCUGUAAAACAACAGAGCUCCAUACACAUGAACUUGCUUGUCAUAGCUAGUACUCUAGCGGUAACUUUGCAUGAACUACUACAGAUGUGGUCUGUAUUCUGUACUACGAUCUGAAAUAAAGUGGAGGCAAAUUGCAGUGUUGAUUAUUCUGCCA